AUGAUCAAGAUGACAAAGGUUAGGCAAGAUCGCACUUCCCUCAAAACUAUUCACUGUUCGUUGUUGGAAGUCGACGGCCAUAAUGUACUCUAUAUACCCAAUCCCACGGGCAUGGGCGGAACUAGAGUUCUAAACAUGCCAACCAAAGAGACGAUCGUGGAUGAAUACUCUCUGCACGAUGCGGCGAAAAAGGAUGACAAAGACCACGAUAACCAGACAGAGGAGCCACACGGUACUCUGAAAGUGAUAAAAGAGAGAAGCCAGAAGCGAAAGUGUCAACAGGAGGAAGUCACGCCAGCGGAGUAG